AUUCGAAUGGCAACUCCUCGCUUCGCAUUCCGCGUAGAGUAACGAGGCUCCAAAUUCAAAUCAACGCAGCCUCACGCCGGCGACGGGCGCGAGGGGCGGGGCUGCCAGGCGUGGGCGGGGCCUGACCGGCGUGAGAAGGGGACGCGCGGUGUGAUUGCCCAGGAGAAAGGAAGGCGCUCCAGUUCCGGGUCAGGCCCUUCGCUACCCUUCCUCGGCCUUCACCAUGGCGGGUAACAGCGGCUCCGGGGCUGCGGCGGCGGCGAAUCUGAAUGCAGUGAGGGAGACCAUGGACGUUCUGCUUGAGAUUUCAAGAAUUUUGAAUACUGGAUUAGAUAUGGAAACUCUGUCUAUAUGUGUCCGGCUCUGCGAACAAGGAAUUAACCCAGAAGCUUUAUCUUCAGUUAUUAAGGAACUUCGCAAGGCCACUGAAGCAUUAAAGGCUGCUGAAAAUAUGACAAGCUGACUUUCUGAAGAAAUGCGAUGAGCUAUGUCAAGCUCUGCAGAAGGAUUGAAGACGGCAUUGUAGUCAAGAAUGUACAGUGAACUGACGGCACGUAGCAGUGUGGAAACAUUGUCCUUUUUGAAAGAAUUAUAAAACCAUAGCUUUAUAAAUCAGUGGAAAGUGGCUUAUAGAAAGAACUAUCAUUCGUGUUUACACCCGUCCUUCUUUCUUAACGGCUGUAAUCCUUUGGCGUUGCUGUGUUCAUAUUUAUGUAUGCCUUAUUUAUAGCACUGAUAGCUUUAAUUUUCUAAGCAGUCUGUCUAUCAGAUGUGCACAUCUGCUGGGCCCAGUUGAAGUAUAGUGGAACCCAUCAUUAGUAAUGUUUUAGUUAUGACUUGUUGACAUUUCCAUUAUAAACUUUAAUUUUGAAUUAUUUAUGCAAAAUAGCUGUGGAUUUAUGUUGUAUGAGGCUAAAAGUUGACAGAAUUUCAGUUGCCAUUUGUGGAUUUUGAUUUAGAUUCAUUAGGUAUAUCAGAAUCUUAUUUUUCAUAAGAGCAUGGAAAACACUUGUCAUCUGCUCUUUAACAAAAAAUAUUUAGUUUUUGAAAACAUAGAGUUUGACUGACGGUGAAUGGUGUGAACCAGAUCAUAUUUGUAUUGAAUGAAAAAUAGAACUUUUCGAAACUUAGGUUGUAGAAAUAAUGACAGGAGUUCCCUGUUGGCUCAGCAGGUUAAGUAUUAGGCAUUGCCACUGUUGUGGCUUGGGUCACUGCUGUGCCAAGGGUUUGAUCCCUGGCCUGGGAAUGUUUGUGUACUGUGGGUGCUGCCCCCAAAAAAAGUAAUGACAGUGCUUAGCUUAGUAUUAUUUAUCAUUUGAGUCAUUUAAAUUCAGUGAGAAUUUUGAUUGAGAAUGUUUUUACAAGUUUUACAUCUGUAGAUCACAAUCUUAAAAAAGCGUAAUGAAACAUUUCCAGCAUGAAAAGUUCUUUUUACUUUGUUGCAUAAAAAUAAUGAGUGCUUACCUAAUAUACCUUGAGUGGUUAUCUAGUAAAUCACUAAAUGGGCAGUGUCUUUCAACGAAUAUGUUAUUAUUUUCUGAAGAAAUAAAUAUUUCCAGUCAUUAAACAAAAACUAAAUCAAAUGUUUUAUAUCAGGAAUUCUAAAUAUGCCUUUCUUAAGAUCAUUUUUUGUAUCAUUAUUUUUACCCUGAAAGUUUAAACUAAUCAGAGUGAUGGGUGGUUCAAAAUAAAUUUCAGAAAACUUAGGAUAGCACUGAUUCUCUUUCUGCAACAGAAUAUCAGUGGAAAAUUUUUCCAAGACUAAUACAAGUUUAGUCUGAUUUUGAAGACUUCAUUAGUUUCCAAUUAAAUGAUGGUACAAGCAUAUAUUCUUUGGUGGCAUUUUUUUCUUCUUCAAACAAAAGUGAACUGAUUUUAAUAAAGGUUAGUAAUCUUUAAAUGGGAACCUUCUGUUUUAAAAAUUUAGUCUUUUGACCCAUUUUGACUUUUUAAAUGCAUGGCAUCUUUCUCCAAGUGCACUAAAGGUCUGUUUUGGAAGAACUGGUUGGGAGACAAUAAAACUUUUGUUACAAGUCAUCUGUUUGAUUAAGAAACAUUGCAUGGAGUACCUGUUGUGGCUGAGCAGGUUUAGGACCUGACGUAUUAUCUGUGAGGAUGCAGGUUUGAUCUUUGGCCUUGCUCAGAGGUUUAAGAAUCUGGCGCUGGGAGUUCCCGUGGGUGGCUCAGUGGAAGCAAAUCUGACUAGGAACCAUGAGAACGCAGGUUCAAUCCCUAUCCUUGCUCAGCGGGUUAAGGAUCCAGUGUUGCUGUGAGCUGUGGUGUAGCCUGCAGAUGCAGCUCAUAUAUGACGUUGCUGUGGCAAAGGCCAGCGGCUACAACUCUGAUUUGACCCCUAGUCUAGGGACCUCCAUAUGCUGUGCGUGCAGUCCUAAAAGACAAAAGAAUUCAGUGCUGCUGUAAGCUGUGGCAUAGGUUACAGAUGUGGCUUGGGUCCAGUGUUGCUGUGGCUGUUGUAUAGACCAUAGCUGCAGCUCCAGUUUGACCCCUAGGCUGGGCGCUUCCAUAUGCCUCAGGUGCAGCCUUAAAAAGAAAAACAUAAAUCACAAAUACUGCAUGUUAUUUGUAUAAAAUCAAAAAGAGAACACUUUUGUCAAGCUCCAAAAUUUGUAUAUACUUCAGAUCAUAAGAAUUAUAGUUUUAUUUAUGACUGUGUAGAUUGUUAUUUAUUUAUGAAACAAAGUAGGAAAAUAUAUUAAGACGGUAUUGUAUUUACAGAGGACUUUUUAUGUGUUACAUUUCUUAAAGGUAAACGUAUAUUUUUAAUGCAUACUUAAAUAAUAUUUAAGGAAACCAAACAAAGUCAUGAUACAGUUGCAUUGUUAUGCAUGUAGUCAGUGACAAAAAUAAAGCCAUUUUGGUGGUAUCAGCA